UACCUCACACAGGACCUCCGAUGCCACUGUGGUGCUUUUAACUGGGGCGGUGAAAUAUACAUGGUCUAUCGGCAUCUGUCAAUCAAGUCACCUGUGUCUGUACGGCGAUAAAGGUGCGUGUCCCGAAGGCUUACUGCAGCGUAUGGUUGUCCGUCUCGCCGAGUCUGUCUGGCGAGAGUAACAGUUAGAAAGAUCCAAAGAUGUCAAUAUGGAUGACAACGGGAUGUAAAAGAACAUCUCGGUUUUCGAUACUAAGUCACUGAAGAACCAACAGAUGCAUUCCAAGAUGGCGUCCCUUGUUAACCCCGUCAGCGUGUGUGUUAUCCUGUGGGCGCUUCUCUGUGGCGUACGCGAAGGUCAAUGUCAAAACAGAACAACUCUCACUCAAGGGGAGGGAACCCCAGCAUCCCCGAAUGUUGGCUACGCUCUUGUUAGUGAUAUGUGCAAAUUGGAACUGGAAGACAAACAGUUUCACAGUUAUGUUAAAACAAUGGAGAAGAAAAUGGCUGUGCUGUUCAAAAUCAGUUUACGAACUACCAACACGACGAAAGAAAAUGAUAAGUUGUACAAUGAUGUAAGCAUGAAUUACAAACCAUUUCUAUGGUACAAGACCAAAACACGCCAUGGUCGUACACUGCUGAUGCUGUCGUUCCACUAUGAUGUUCUAUCUAUGUCCAUUCUGACAAUAGGAGUUGAGGAAAUGGAGAUCAACAUCACCGAUUCUCCCCAGGGAUGCCUCAGAAACAUGUCAGUGGAUGCCAGACUGACCGCCAUACGCCAACUGUUGAUAGAAGAAAGACAGUCCAGUAACGAGGACAGGUACUCCACCGCCCACAGAGACUACGUCUGCAACCAGGAGAUCAAGAAAGGAGAUGAUGACUACGCCGAGUUCGUGUUCCAGUGCUGCCAUCGGGACUCACAUGGGAAGAUCCAGUGUAGUGACCAGGAAGAUGACCCCUGGAUCUCCAUCUUGUACAUUUCGGUGACUGCUGUCAAGGUCCUCGUGUUCUGUUUCUGCCCCAUGUUCCUCCCUGCCAACAUGUACAACGCCAUGUACGUGGCGGCGGAGUACGUGGUAAAGCUGAAGAAGGAGGUGAAGAAGUUCAUCUACGUCUCGGAGGAGAGCGACUAUAAGAUAAAGUACAAACAACGUCUGACUCUGGAGGAUAUAUCCGAUUGGUGGAGAUUCAGGGAUAUGUUGGAGACAAUGCCUAAGAAUGAGAUUCUCCCCAUCAAAAUGUCCGAAGUGCGAAUAACCGUGAAAGGAAAGAGAAUUAUUCCAGAAAAUGAUCCCCCGACAGGUCUACUGAGGACGUUUUAUGAUAAUCUUUGUCGGUGUAAAAUCAAGGCAAUAGAUCCUUUUCUGGACUGUUGUGAUUUGAGCGUGUAUGCUUCCUUGGAAUCUAAGUUUUCACACAAGCUGACCUGGCAUCAGUUUGUCCAGGCUCUUGUGAAGGGUCUCAUGCUGCUGCUGCUGCCUAUGCCCUACUAUAUCCGGUUAUUCAUCUAUUACAAGUUCGAGAAGCAUGAAAUGGACCAUCGAUACGAGGCACUGCGUAACCUACAUCUCAACCUCCGCUACGUCUUCUACAAAACGAACGUCAUCCAGCACUACAGUCCCAGCCAUGGUAUUUUCAUAGCUGCCUAUUUCUUCUAUUUCCUGGCCGGAUUUGUUAUUGGAUUCUCCUCGCCUGUUGUUAGAGACAAACUGAAGUCCGUUUCCAGAGGUGCCCUUCAAGACAUGAACGCAAUCUCCCAGACAGGUGUGUUGCAGGUCAUCAUAAGAAUCGGUCUGUGGCCUUUCAAGAAAUGUGGACUUAUAGCCUUGUUGGUCGGUCCCAUGUAUAUGUGUAUAACGUCUCCUUUUUGUAUUGUCAUUCUAGUGUUGUACUGUAUUCCAACCGUGUACCUUUCCUUCCGAAUUGUGUACCAGACCAAACGGCAGAUAGGAGAUAAUUCAUUUAUGGAUGAAGAAGAGAAAGCGAAAAGACGUAAGUUCCGGAAGAUCCAUAACAUAGGCAGGCAUCUUUCCAAGAUGGACAAAGUUGUUCAUAGAUCCACGCCUGAAGCUGAAGAUAAUUGUUGUCCAUCAUCCACGGGGUUCAAUGGAUUCUCCACCAUUAAGACAGCGUGUCUUCAGGUUUUGUGUGCUGUAUUCUGCUUGUGUGUUCUUUAUGCCAUAGCUCUCAUCUUUGCAGAAUCAUUUGGUUUGAUUGUUGAGGUUCUAGCCUUCACGAUGAUGGGGAUCAUAGUGAAUGCUAGUAGCACUCUCAAAUACGUCAGUAUGGUGCUCCUUGUGUUUGUAUACAUGCACGACUGCUAUAGUAAUGUAUAUCAGAAUUAUCUGGAGUUUAACAAGACUAUAAUAGCAGAGAUGAUAGAUAGAGCUGAGGACUUAAAGAAGAUAGCAAGUCUUCCAUCAAGUAUGCAAGAAAAUGCUGCAUUUCAGCUGAAGUGUAGUAGUGAAGUACCCGAGAUAAAAACAGACCUUAAUUUUACCAAAAAGGAGAUCAGGUGGAAACUUGGUCAGUUGUUGCUAUUCUUGGACUCAUUUGACACCCCUAGGAUUCCUCUUCGACUCUUCCAAAGACUGUGCGACGUUCAAAUCCACGGAGCACCUGGACCAGUCUAUCUGAACCUCCUAAGGGCAACUGGGAAGUUUCUAGUGAUUGUAGUGUUUCUGUUAUUUGUUAUGAUUGUGGUAAUGGCAUUCGGAAAUGUAACUCAGAUGUCAUCGACCAAUCAGACACUUGCAACUCUGGCUGGUGGGUUUGUACCAAUGCUGCUCAAGAACGUUUUGUCCUCAAAAUCAAUCAAACUGAACCUGAAGACAAUUAGUUUUAAGGGACAGAUAGACGAAAUCAUUGGGGAGUACAAGCAGUUUUGGCCUGUGAAGGACCUGGUGAUAGAAAGAGAUCUACCAAAGGAGGAGGAAGAGGUAGAAGGAGAUAAAGAUGGAGAAAAGGACGGUGGAGCAGAGAAAGAAAAGGAUAAGGAAAAGAAUGGAAAGGAUAGGAAGGAUGAAAACUCAAAUAAAGAGAAGGACAAGACCCCCGAGAAGAAGGUGGAGAAGAAGAUGAGCGCUGCGGACAUCCACAGUUCCAUUAAGAGCAAUGAUUCAAUAGAACCAAGUUUGAUUAAUGUUGGAGAUGAUAUCAUAACAAGUCCCUUUCUACACAUCCCGGAGGACCAGGAAGUGGACCUGUUCAUAGAUCUGAGUUCAGCAGAUGCUCCUGGUGGGUGGUCCUAUCGAGGGUCUUCUGAGAGCAUCCAGGCAGAUUCCAUGAUGCCGGCCUAUUUCCCUACCAACAUUGACACUGACAUCACUAAAAUGACCAUCACCUACCCAGAAGAUAAUCCAGUCUGAGGGAACUGUACAUUGUCUGCACCUCACACGGGACUUUACGAUGAAGGCCUUGUCCUUUGUCAUUGACACUACGUCCAACUAUUUGCAAUACCAUCUGCACCGUUUCGUGGACCUGUAACAGCAGAAUCCUGCAGUCCAGCUGGAGGCAAGGGGUAGAGAAGAAGGUUUUGGUUGUGCUUUAGGAGUAUGGAACCUUCGGCAAACAGGAACAGCCUCAACUGAGAGGCUAUGGGUGGUGUAUACCGCAGUAUACAAGUUUGAUGCCAGGCAUAUUUUUGACCGAAGGUUAGAUCUUUGUAAUGUAUUAAGACACCAUUUAUGGUAUUGUUAUAUUAAUGAUGGUAGUGUGAUAUGAAUGCUGAGUGAUAACUGUAGAAGGUCUAUAAGUGAUCAAGUCAGCAGAAGAAUUUGUUGUCGAACCUGUUAGUUGAACUAGAUUUCAUGUGAUACGAUAAGCACCAGGUUACAAGGGUGCACUACGAUUGUUUAAAUGUUUGCUGCACUAUGUAACACCUGUAGUUACAGCUUAUAGUCUCUUCAUGUAAACAGUCAGUCGUGACAAUCAUAAACGUAAUUAAUUUCAAUGAAAAAAUGUAGAACUUUCUUUGCAAAAAGUGCUAAUCUGUGCCUGCGCUGAAGAAUGAGGACUAUUUUAUGGAUAUACAACUUCUAUAUUCUGUAUAGGCGACGUUUCGACAUAGAUUCUAAUGUCGUUGUCAAGCAAUAUAUGUCGAAACGUCCCCUAUACAGAAUAUAGAAGUUGUAUAUCCAUAAAAAUAGUCCUCAUUCUUCAUCUACUUCUAGAAUGCCAAUCAAAGAAGAUGUGCCUGCGCUGAUAAGUAUGAUCUAUGCAAGGUGUUCCCUCAACACCUCUAAAAAACCUCUGGCAUUUUCAAGUUUAACUUACAACGUGCAUGUAUCAUGUUUCAAGUUAGCAUUUGUAAUUUGAAAUGGUGCUAAUAUUUCGGCCUCGCAUCGUAUCUGUCUUACUUUAGGAACGCAUACUAUGUCCCUCAGGACAAUUCCUACUGACAUUUACAAAUAGCCUUAGUGUCCAUACAUUGACCUUUCUUUGUACAACCAGGGACCAUUAAAAUCUGAUACAUUCAGCUUCCAAGAUAAGAAAUCUGUCGUUAAUCUGUCGGACCUUAAGUCCACAAAAUCCAUUCACCUGCUAAUAGUGCUGUCUGUUGUCUGUUUCGGUGUACAGUUAUUUACUGAUCAACGUAUAUACCUUUAGGUCAUUUAUAUUUGUUUACAUUUGCUGUACAAUAUUUUGAAUAAAAUCGUAAAAAUAUG